CGAAGUCAGAGUAGGUCGUGUGUGAGUGUAGGUGCGCCUUAUCACCCGUUUUAUUUCUAUAUUUGGCAAAGCCCGCCGACCGUGUGUUAUGAAUCGAUGAUUCCAGCCAAGUACUGAAGACUCUGUUCCAGUCCUGUGCAGAAUUACGUGGCAUGCUAGCUGCGGACGUCGCUCGGAGCAGUAACGGGGUUUCUUGUGUUUGUGGAGAACGGUAGUGGAAGGACUGACCAUGCUGCAGGUCGCGGAUCGCGUCAUGGUUUCGCUGUGGCUUCUGGUGCUGAUGUCCAGGGGGACGCCGCUGUACGCAGCCCUCUGGACGAAGAGUGCCUCUGGAGGCGCCGGCAAGGAGAAUUCCGCGCGAUCGCCGCUCACCGUCGCCCAGUGCAGGGCCACGUGCCUUCGAGAGUUCUCGGGACAUCUAAGUACUGAUUCGACCUGCAUGCUGACGUCCGACUGCAUCACGUGUUGGCAAACGUGUGACGUGCUGCAGUCUGGAUGGUCGGUGUGGGGAAGCAUAUGCUCAGGAAAGACGAUCUGCCCGGCGGGUUGCCGUGCAGCGUGCCACUUCCUGGCUUCGUCGCGCGGCGGGACGCCGGCGCCGCAGCCGGUGCUGGAGACGCGCGCCGCCGCCCGCCUGGAGACGCACGGCCUCCAGCUCCAGUGGCCGUGUAGUGGCCGGCAUCCUGUCGUCCACGUGGUGCUCUGGAGGCCACGCGGAAGGGACCAAUGGGCGCAGCUCACGCAGACGGCGGACUGCUGGGCACGGCUGCCCUCCGCGGGUUCUGCCCGCGUGCUGGCCGUGGGGCCUUCCGGUCUGCAGGCGGUCUACACGCCCGUCGCGGCCUCCGGCGCGGCCCCCGCUGACCACGGACUCGCUGCCGAGGCGGGGGCGGACGCGGAGGCGGAGGACGAGCCCGAAGGGCCCGGCUGGAAGACCAGGACCGUGAACGGCAGCCAGUGGUCGUUGCGACUGACGUCCGUGAUCCAUCAAGGAGCGCUGGUGAUCGCCGAGCUGUCGUGGAGACUGCCGGAGAAGGAGCUGCAGGCCGCAAGGAGCGACGGGGGAUCCCCGCUCUACCUGGUCACGUGGGAGGUGGACGGCGGGGGGAUCACCGGAAACCUCUACACAGACUCCUCCUGCGUCACGCUCUCCCUGUCAUCUGACACUGUCUUCCACAUACAGGUGGAGCUGGUGACUAAGAGGGCGGACAAGCUGGUGCGCAGCCCUCCGCUGGUGGUGGACACCGGCGGCGGCGAAGACGGUACCACGCUGGUGCUGGUGGCGCCGGCGGAGCACACCGGGCGCGCGCUGGCCGGCCUGCAGGGCUGGCGGGACACGAUGCGCUUCUCGCUGGUGCUGCUGCUGGGGCUCUGCCUGCCGGCCGCGUUCGUCGCCACCAUUAUCUGUCUGCACAGCUACCGGCGGCAGCGGCUGGCGGCGCAGGCGCGGGACAAGCUGCCGCUCUUCUAACCGCCUACUCCUUACCCAGUGUGUUCCGGACGCGGGCUGCGCUGCGCCCCUGUGACGUCAGCGCGUCCCGUCUGCAUCUAGUCAGCGCGGCGCGCCGGCCGCGUCCUCCUGGGCCAUCACAAGCCGCAUGGCGACCUUCGACCCAGUGGACCGCGCAAGAGCGCGACGCAAUCCCAGCCAGCUCAAUACGUCUGCCUCGUGACUGUCCGCCACCGUGAACGUGAACGUCAGUUUUGCCACCUUAAAACACAUGUAGUGCGCCGCAUAAGUUCAAAUUUUUGUAGAAAAACUUGGUCGCAAGAGGCAGUACCUACUUAUCUAGGUGGAGCAAGCAUCUCGGCAUCACCAAAGGUGCUGGGCUUCUCAACAUUGAACGAGACAAAGAAACCGAAAUGUUUACAUUCAACUCCAAAAAAAUGUUUUUAGUUUGUUAGAAAUAUUGUAAAUAUAAUUAGAAGGCGUGUUGGACGAUAAAAACAUCACUCAUUUGAUGAAAAUGAAAGAUGAGUUAUACCCCAGGGUAAUUGGGACGAUAAACUCUACUACUGUAUGGUGCGUGAUACGAGUAACCAGUGAAAUGAGUGCAUGUGUAAAUAUGAAUAAAAGAUUAAUUUAGUGUUGUAACUAAGUAGAAAAAAAAGUUAUUUCCAUCCAGUUUUUCAGUGGCGCUUGCUACACUCACAAGGGAACCUCCCAAUCGCACCCCCUUUGGAUUUAGUUAUAAGUUGGCACAGUGGAUAGGCCUUGAAAAACUGAACACAGAUCAAUCGAGAAAACAGGAAGAAGUUGUGUGGAAUUAUGAAAAAAAUAAG